UACUAGUAAGCUUGCUUAGCAGCAAGACAAAGUGUAAAAAAGCAAAAAAAAAUUCGUCCUAUAGCCGUUAGUUUUAAGUAGGUUCCCCAACCAUUUGGGAUAUGAUCCCAAAUUAGCCUUUGGAUCAAAACUUAGAGAGAGAAAGAAUGGGCGAUGCACCCUCAUUUCUCAACACGUGCUACUUCCAUCUUACUUCUCUCUCCUCUUUUUAUCUUUGCUUUCAUGCAUGGAUUUCUCCUCCCCACCAAAUUUAGUACUACUUAUUUAGUACUAGUAGAACUACAAACUAGUUUAAUUUUAGAGAGAGAAACAAGUAGAAAUUCUUGCUCAUCAACUAAGACCACAAACACACAAAAAUAAACUAAAAAACAAGAAAUUUUAAAACUACCCUCUUUCUCUCUCUUGAUCAAAUUUUGAUUAUUUCCUCAAAUUUCAACUACCCACAAGCUAAUUAGUGAGAGAAAGUUGAAUGAAAAUAGAGAAAUUGAAGGGAAAUGUGUAAAAUUUCCUACUCAAAAAAGCUCCUCUUUUUGUGCAUCAGUAGUUCAGAUCUUAACCUUAGCUCAAAAACAGCAACUUCCCUCUCCUACUUUCACCUCCUCCUAACUAGAAAAUAACCUCUAAAUUUCUUACAAAAACUUCUAAUCUCAAUCAAAUCAUCAACAUUUCCCCUGUUUUUCCUGUGUUUUUUCUCACUAUAAUUUUUCCAAGUCUUUUUUUCUUCUUUUGUUUUGUCAUGGAAGUACAAAAGUUGAAGCAUGUAUGCAAAUUCUGCAAGAAAUGUUUCCCUUGUGGAAGAUCACUAGGAGGUCAUAUAAGGUCUCAUUUACCAAAACCAGGUUAUGAACUCAGAGAGAAUCCAAAGAAGACAUGGAGAGUAUCUCGUCGUGAUGAAUUGCUGCUUAAUUCGUCCUUCUCCUCUUCAUCAACCGAGACCGAGAAUCGAAAAAGUCGAACAAUAAAGAAUCAUGUUCAGGGUAAAAGAUCCAGUAUUGGUAGGAAUAAUUCUCAUUCCUCUGUUUCUGAAGUGGUUGAAGAUGAUCAUCAAGAACAAGAACAAGAACAAGAAGAAGUUGUUGUUGCAAUGUGUUUGAUCAUGUUAUCUCAAGAUGAAGGAUCUUGGGGUGAUAUUUCUUCUUCUUUUGCUGUUGCUGCUGAUUCUUCUGAGAAUAAUAAUGUUUCAUUUUUCUCUCAGGGAAAUAAUAACAGUAAGAGUAGGAGGAGAAAGAGGAGAGAGAAAGUUCAGGUGAAUGAAAAUGACUUUGUUUCUGUUGGUGUUAAUGCUAAAAAAUUUGAAUCUGUAGCAUCUGGGUAUCUGCAAAAAGAGUUGAAAUUGAAGGGAAUUGAAGUUUCUGCAAAUGGGUUUUGCUUGAAUGAUCAGAAUAAUAAGUGUUUUGAGAGUAAGAAAAGGAGAGAGAAAGUUGAGGGUAAAGAAUCUGUUUUUGGUGCAACUGAUCAUUAUGUUGGUAAAAUCAUAAAAGCAGAAUCUGCAGUUUCUGGGUAUGUGAAAGAUGGUGCAGAAAUUAAGGAAUAUGAAGUUUCUGAAAAUGGGUUUGUGUCAAAUGAUCAUCUUAAGCAAUCUUUUGAAAGUAAGAGAAAGAUUGCUCAAUCUGUAACUUCUAGGUGUGUCAAGAAGGGGUCAAAGAUUGAAGAAUAUGAAGUUUCAGAAAAUGGGAUUUCUUUAUAUGAUCAAAAGAACAUUGAUCAUAAUGAAUUAGAUUCUGAAUUUUAUAAUGAUGUUAGUAGAACAAGUUGCUUUAAAAGGAGCAAAUUUGAGUGUACUACUUGUAACAAAGUAUUUCACUCUUAUCAAGCUCUAGGAGGGCACAGAGCUAGCCAUAAGAAGCUGCUGGGCGGAGGUAAGUGUUCUCCGCCCUCGCCGAAGCUCGAGCCGAGCAACGUUGCUGGCAACGAUGCUAGUAUCUCGCCUACGCAUAAACAACAAGAACAACUAGUUUCUGAGAUGGGGAUUGGAUCAUCAUCAUCGUCGUCAACAAAGAAAGUUGUUCAGAAACAUGAGUGUCCAAUAUGUUAUAGAGUUUUUCCAUCAGGGCAAGCACUUGGAGGGCACAAAAGAUCUCAUUUGUUAGUAGCUAAUAAUAAUGAUGAAAUUAAUGGCAGAGUUUCUGAGGGGAAAAUCAAUGAUAAUCAUGUUAGAAUUGCUCAAGUUGUUGAAAGAUUAGCAAGUACAGAAACUAGAGACUUGCUUGAUCUCAAUUUUCCACCUGCACAAGACGAGGCGACUGCGACUGCUACUGCUACUGCUACUACUACGACUACUACUACUGCUACUGGUACUACUACUCCUAGUAGUAGUGCUUCCCUUGUUGGGUUCAUCAAGCCAUAUUGGUGUGUUGAAAGUUCUCACAAGCAUGAGCCACUUUUGGGUUUAAUCUCAAAUUAAGUUGAUAAUGAUUCAUAUUAGAAUAUGUUCAAUGGUUUCAAUUGAAGAGUACAGAUUUAUGGUAUACCUUCGCCAUUCAUUCAUUAUUAUUUUUUUCGCAUUUGCAGUAAAAAAAAAUUCAAGGAUGGCCAAAUGUUAUACUUUUUUUUUCUUUUUUUUACAAUCAAUAUAGAGACCUUGUACUUUGUUGAUCAAGUGAAAAGAGACAAAAGGUGAAUUGCAUUUAAUGAUAAUUUUAUCAAACUUGUGACUUGUGAGUGUGAUACAUUAUAAUGGUAAUGAGAUAUCAUGUAUUUCAAGAUCUUGUAUAAGACAGUUCUACCAUAACUUAUUGCGAGAUCAUGGUGACUUCUGUUUUUAGAAUUCUAUGGUGAUUUUUUUUUAUUGUUUUCAAAAGAGACUAUCAAACGUCUCACCAUAAAUCGAGCGAUGUGAAACAGUCUCAUCUCUUAAAUUUACUAUUUCAAGUAUAUACUUCAAGAUUCAAGAUAUUUAAGUUCAUUAAAGAUAUUUGUUGAGGUAAUAAUACUCACUUGAUAUGGAAG